AUGGAAGCGGUACUACUGCGUUACGUGUCCUUGGGUGCGUUGGUUGCCCAGGACACAGCGCUAGUGCUCCUAAUGCGAUACACACGACAACAGACAGGGCCAAUGUACCUGUCAACAACUGCGGUUUGCUGCAUGGAGGCGAUGAAGCUCAGCGUGUGUUCGCUGAUGCUACUUCGCGGAGAGGCAAAGGGAUCAUUUCGUGUGCUGAUGUCAGUUUUCAAGGAAGAAAUUUUAGCUAAACCAAGGGAGGUGGCGAAGCUCGCAGUACCAGCUGUACUCUAUUUGAUUCAGAAUAACUUGCUCUACUUCGCAUUAUCACAUCUGCAUGCAACGCCCUACAAAGUGACUUACAACUUGAAAAUUUUGACGUCUGCCUUUUUCAGUGUGACUCUCUCAGGUCAGCGCCUGGGUCGGCGUAAAUGGAUUUCACUCGUGGUGCUGUUCUGCGGUGUUUCAAUCGUUCAGAUGGAUAAGCCAGGUGGUAUACAGGCCCAACGCUACGAUAAUGGCCUUGGGUAUCAGACCAUGGGUUUCAUUGCUGUUUGUGCUGCUGCUGUGACUUCUGGUUUCAGCGGAGUCUAUCAGCAGCGCAUCCUUCAGAGCUCAAAAACGAGCAUGUGGAUUCGGAACACUCAGAUGGGUAUUACUUCUGUGGUACUAGGAGCUUGUGGAACCUUGAUCAAGGAUCGCCAGGCUAUUAGACGCGCGGGUUUCUUCCAGGGAUACUCAGCUGUUGUUUGGCUUGUGAUAUCCCUUCAGGCUUUCGGCGGUCUGAAUGUUGCCUUCAUCCUCAAAUAUGCGGAUAACAUCCUAAAGGGCUUUGCAGCUGCAUUUUCAACGGUUGCUUCGUGCAUUCUAGAGAUGAUUUUUUUUCAAUUUCGACCCACCUUUCUGUUUCUUGUCGGCAGCACCCUAAUCAACAUAGCGGCAUACGCCUACAACUUGUCAUGCCCAACGCGCGCUGAGGAAGUUUCUCCAAGGACCUAUGCCGUCUAG